CGAACGGAGCAAGGCGGACUUCGACCAUGAUUCCGGUGAUUCGGGCGCGGUUCACUGCCAGAUUACCAGUGGUGUGAACUCGGAUUCCACCUCGGCGCCUCCGGUUACCCACCUGCGCGCCAUUGCCAUCGAGUGAGAUCUGAGCCCUGGCACACACAGCCCAGAUCAAUUUGCUAUUAACAAUCGGGGCAACGGCAGUGAGAUCUGAGCCCUGGCACACACAGCCCAGAUCAAUUUGCUAUUAACAAUCGGGCAUGUCUUUUGUUGAGUCUGAACGUGCCUCGUGACUCCAGUACUGACUGAAUGGUGCUUGAUACGCCGUUCUUUAUGGCUCUCCAUGUCAAGCUCCUGCGGUAAGCUAUUCAAAAUCCGCAUACUGAUCGUCAAUCGAAUCUGGAUUUGACUUGGUACUUGAUGACAAGCUUGCAUUAGGCUUCUUAAUGCCAUGAGCAUCAGUGGACAGCUUUAGUUUAAUACAAGUCACGUGGGCAUUGUGGUGGGGGUCUAGCGAGAUGACCACUCCAUCGUUGUGUUGCUGCCUUUUGGAAAAGAACUUGUAUUAAGUUAGUCUUUCCUCCUUGCAGUAUUCUUCUUUUUCUACCUGUUCACACCACCCGUGACAGUGAGUGAGCAAUUGAUAUGUCUUCGAAUCUUACGAGUCCGAGCAGUCUUCAUCUACGUUGCAGUUUGUUCUGACUGCGAUACUUUCCAUUUUACUAUGUGAGUUAUUUAUUUAUAGGCAUCUCCAUAAGACAAACAAUCAAAUCCACCUGCCACUGUAACGUGGCCUUUUUUUUGUUGAAAGUAAACUGUAAUGUGGCUCUAGCUGCUAAUACUUUUACCUUACAAUGGCAUAAACAGUGUGAACUCUCAGAGUUGACUGAGUCCCACUUGGGUCAAGUCCUUCGGGGUACGUUGACAAGUCAUAUAUGCAUGCUCAAAUAAUUUGCAUGGGGCUUCUUGUUGUCGUUGGUGGGGUCAGCCAGAAGUGAGCCUUCAAUACAUCGUCUCCUUGUCAUCUUCCUUUGCUCCAUUGACCUCACCCAAGUCUUCGUCUUCCUUAUCGCCAGCUGCCAGCUGCCUUUCUUGUCCAGAAACAUCCUUCAAUAAUCCUUGAAUCAUCCAGAUAUCUUCUCCAACCAAAGAAUCCCUCUGCCUCGGAUGUAAGGUUAGAGGCAAUUAACCUGAGAGGCUAAGGUUAACAACCUCUGUUGAAGAGCAAGCAGCCAUAUGGCAAAUGGCAAGCAGCCCGAGCUUGUCAUUGCUCUGUCCAGCACAGCUGCUACUCCGGAACCAGGCAAUGAUCGCAGUGAAGACAGCAGCAACCAUGAAGACAGCACAGGGGAGCUUGGCAUGGCUACGGGCAGCACCAGGCAAGAAUCCAUCGACGGUUUGUCCACCACCAAUUUGUUAGCCCGUAGCCCUGAAUCCAAUGUAGCUGUUGAUUUUGAGCUGCUGUGGAGACUGCGGAAGUAUCUGGUGCUCCUUGGAACCUUAGCUGUUAGUGUGACAUACAAUGCUGGGUUAACUCCACCGGGGGGAUUCUGGACACAGAAAAAGGACGGGCAUGAUGCCGGUGACCCUAUCCUUCGCGCUAGGUUCUUCCGGCGGCAUGAGGUAUUCUUUUACUGCAAUGCAACAGCAUUUGCUGCAUCUCUUGUGUUAAUCAUCUUGCUUCUUAGUAAGCAUGUGACCAGGCAGAAUUUGUGGCUCCGUUCAAUGCAAUUCACUAUGAUACUAGACCUAUUCAGCUUGAUGGGGGCCUAUGCUGCUGGAAGCUGCAGAGCAGUAAAGUCAUCCAUUUACAUCUGGGUUCUGGUCCUUGCUGUUUUCGUAUAUAUUGUGAUUCAUAUACUUUUAUUCAUAAGAGUUGUUCCAAAAUGGCUGAAAAAUAGGGUGCGAUCUGCACUAUGCCAGAUUCUAUGCAAGUGGGGUGUCCAUGAGGACCAAAGGAGCAUCCCUCAAAUUGAAGAUGUUGAGGAGGGUCGCAAGUUCAUGUUGAUGCUUGUGACUUUUUCUGCAACUAUCACGUACCAGGCAGGGUUGAGUCCGCCGGGUGGUUUUUGGGCUGAAAAUGAGGAAAAUCAGCAUCCAGCUACUUCUAUGCUUCGCAGCAAAAACCUUGCUCGUUACAAUCUAUUUGUUAGUUGCAACUCGACUUCCUUUGUUGCUUCUUUGGUCACCAUAAUACUGCUUCUGAGCCCAGAGUUGAGCAGGCAUGGCAUAAGGUCCAGAGCAGUGAAAGUCUGUGUUGUAGCUGACCUAUUGGGCCUGAUGGGAGCAUAUGCUGCAGGAAGCUGUAGAACUUUGGUACAAUCUUUCUGUGUUAUUUUCAUUGCUAUAUUGGUGUGGAUCUUCAUUGCAGUUCUGGCUGGGUCUUUUGUUAUCAAACCUGUUGCAGACUGUCUUAGAAACGUCAAAGUGAGCUGCAUGGAUAGAGUUGGCCGGGUCUUUUCACUGGAAUAUGGUAGAAAUAGAUCAACAAAUAAAGUGGAGGAGAAUUCAGUUUCAAGUAAUCAGCAAACUACAGUGCGAGUAACAGAUUCAGCAGAACAAGUUAGUGCUCUUGAACCAGAACAUCAGUCUGCAUACUAUCAGCAAGUUCCAAAGGUGAAAAAGGGUGAACCCGCCAGAGAGCAUCAGUCUACUGGUGAACAAGAACAAACUUCAACUACUGAAGAGGUUGUGUCUGACACUGGGCAUACAUUGGCGAAUGACCAGCAAUCAGAAAAUGAAGAAGAUGUCAUGUACAACCAGGAAGGCCAAUCCGCAGAUCACCAGUCAGUUGCUAAAGUGGCUUCGUCCAAAACAGAAAACCUUCAAUUUGCAGAUAUGAAGAAACAGUUUUCAUUCGUGGAUGAUCCCAAGACUCCAAAUUUUGCCAUGUCCAACCCUGAUCAUAAAUCUCUAGAUACCCAGAAAAUUGCAAAUAUGAUGGGGCAAUCUUCAUCUACUGAUGUUCAAGAGCCUACAAUCAUGCCAGUGGAAGAGUUUUCCAAACACAUAACAAUGUCCAGUGAUCAUAAUGGAGCCACCAAUAAUCUCACUGUGGAAAAAGAGUCCUCUGAUGUGCCUUUGAAAACCAAUGAGAUAGAAAUUGUCAGAAUGAAUGAUGAUAUUAGACCAAAUGAGAAUGGCUACACUGACAACUAUGAAGGAGCUCCCAGACAGGCUGACAGCAAAGAAAAUGCUAGUGGCAAUCUAGCUGAUAAACAUCUCAAGAAAUCCCGCACAUAUCUACUACUUCUUGCAAUUCUUGCGGUAUCUCUGACAUACCAAUCAGGUUUGAAUCCACCAGGUGGUUUCUGGUCGAAACAAGAGAACAAUAAUUUAACUGGUGGUUUCAUCGCUAAGGACACUCAUCAUCGGCCAUACCAUUUACCUGGUGAUCCCAUCCUUGAGGAUAAUAACCAUCGACGCUAUAUUGUGUUCUUCUAUUUAAAUGCCAUCGCCUUUGUUGCAUCUAUUGUCAUGAUUAUUAUGCUCCUGAACCGGAGGAUGAGUGACAAGGUUAUAAAACGAUACGCACUGCAGACAGCAAUGAUAGUGGAUCUUCUUUCUCUAACCGGGUCUUAUCUUUCGGGGAGCUGUAGGAAGACGAAGAAUUCCAUGUACAUCUUGCUGUUGUUAUGCCUUGUAUUUGCUUAUGUUCUCAUCCAUGUUCUGAUAGCAAUACAUGCAAUCCCUGAAGGGUGGAAACAGCUUGUGUCAGAAAAGCUUGAGCACCUGUCCUGCAAGCAUUUAUGGCCAAGAAUUGAGCCUGGACACAACCAGGGAGGUGAAGGUAAUGAGAAGAACUGGGAGAGGAGACGUAAGCUACUAUUGAUGCUUGCUGUUCUAUCAGCGACUGUCACAUACCAAGCUGGCAUGAGCCCUCCAGGAGGUGUAUGGUCUGAUGACAAGGGUGUCAGUGGCAAACCUGGCUAUCCAAUCCUUCAGGACAACAAUUUGAAACGCUAUGAUGUUUUCUACUACUCAAAUUCAGUCUCGUUUGUGUCAUCUGUAGCUAUCACAAUACUACUUGUGAACAGGGAAUCCUGCGAGCAUGGUAUCAAGUUCUAUGCGUUGCGAGUGUGCUCCGUGGUGGGCUUGGUUGGCCUCUUGAUCGCUUAUGCUGCAGGAAGCUGCAGGAAAGCAAAACAAUCUAUAUAUCUAAUCAUCAUUGCCGUUGCAGUUCUGAUCUCUGUUGUGAUUCAAGUGUUUCUGCUCUCGUCGACACAUAGUACACUGGGAGGACCAUUCGGCAGAUGCAUGAAAUGUCUACUUGAGUGGCUUUUUGGUGCGACUGAGGCUGUGCAAGAAAGUACUUCUAACAAGCAAGAAAGUUCAGGUCAUCGUGCAAAAAAAGCUCGGAAGAGGCAUAAGUAUCUGGUGCUGCUUGCAAUUGUCGCAGCUUCCAUCACGUACCAAGCUGGUCUAAGCCCGCCUGGUGGCUUCUGGUCUAAUUAUGAUGGUGUCCACACAACAAGCAAUCCUGUCCUAAACCCCCCUGCUGACUACUGGUGGUAUAACAAAAGCCAUAUGGCUGGCAACCCGGUCCUUCUUGAUAUUCAUCCUCGGCGCUACAAAACAUUCUUCUGGUUGAACUCUCUCUCUUUCAUGGCCUCCAUUGUCGUCAUCAUGUAUCUGUUGAAUACGUCUAUCUGGAAGAUGGAUGUACCACUUGAAGUACUGCACUUGAUCAUGAUAUUAGACCUGUUGGCCCUCGUGACAGCUUUUGCUGCUGGAAGCUGCCGGAAAUUCAGGACUUCGAUCUAUGUCUAUGGACUAGUUCUCGCUGUUGUGAUAUACCUUGUGAUUGUAGUUUUGCUGUCCAAGAGCAUUGCUGACUUUCUAAAGCCAGGGGAGACAAGUGGUCGUUCCUCUCAGAGACAUACUAAUGGUGCCUCGGGAACAGAACCCUUGAUAUCUGAACAAGAAGUUUGAAGAUCUGUUUUGCAGUAUUAUCUGAAAGUAGUUGCUGCAUUUGGUUUACAUGUUCGCUUAGGUUUGUUUGGACAUGGAAGUCAUUAAUGUACCAAGGCUUUUGCCAUUCUGGAUGAAAUUAUCAAGUUGUUCCUUCUUUUAUUCCGAUUCUCUGGAAAAUUGUGUCAACUGUCACCGGCAUUUCAGUGUCGUGUUGGAGGUGGGUUUCACAUGAGAUCAGUUUCUUUGAUUGGGCUGCGUGGUCUGCAAUAUAUGCAUCUUUUGCGCUAAUGCCUGCUCAAGAGUGAAUUCAACUGAUGCUGGUGAGUGAAAAAUCAACUAGUGGCCAGGGGGAAUUCAACCCUUUGCUGGUUUUAAAAUGCUUGAAGGGCCUGACGGUUUGCUGGUAGUGGAUGUUUACUGAAUCUGAAAUGUUGAUGUUUGAUGGAUCUGAUGUUUAUGCUGUUUUGCCUUUCCUGAUAUUGUUUAUGA